UGUGAUGUUAGGGGCGUGUUUAUUACCGCAAGGAACUGCGAGCUUUCUCCAACACCUCCUUCUAUUCCUCAAAUCAUAAUCUGCACCCCAGCGCGCGCUCGUGUGCAGGACAAAUGCGAGAUCUAUUUUUGGGGUUGUCUAGGACACUAGGACACUCGGACACUCCUAGAACAUCCUCGGUUGGAUGAACCACUCUCGCGUGUGUACACUAGAUGAGAAUUCCUACUCCCACAAGAUUUCUUCAUCAGAGAGCCAGAUUUUCACGUGGACAGGGGAUCAUCAGCCAGUCCCGAUCACCCCAUGUAAACCGGCACGAUGUCCGCCAAUGAUCCUGAUCAGUACAUCAUUGUCGAGCAGCAGUACUCCCACAAGUUCAAAGUGAAAGUUCUGAGGGCAGAAAAUGUCACCAAAGGCACUCUGGGAGACUUGCUGGACACCCCGGACCCGUACGUGGGGCUUUUCAUUCCCACAGCUCCCGAGAGCAGGAAGAGGACACGGCACAUUGAUAACGACAUCAACCCUGAGUGGGACGAAAGCUUCGAGUUCAUACUGGACCCAAACCAGGACAAUGUUCUGGAGGUGACAUUAAUGGACGCUAAUUACGUGGUGGACGAGACACUGGGUAUGACGUCGUAUUCCAUUUCCAAUCUCAAAGUGGGAGAGAAGGAACUGGUGUCAUUUCUUAUAGGAAAAACCACCAAAGUGUUCUUAGAGCUCAGUCUGGAAAUUUGUUCUGCCAUUGACCUGCGGUUCAGUCUUGCCCUGUGUGAUAAGGAGAAGUUGUACAGGCAGCAGCGAAGAGAGAAGGUCAUGCUGGGUAUCAAGAAACUGCUGGACAUGGAGAAGCCUCGGUUCCUGCCCUCGAGCCCCCAGGAGGUCCCUGUCAUCGCUGUGGUAGGAUCAGGUGGUGGGUUCAGGGCGAUGGUCGGCUUCUCAGGCGUAAUGAAGGCCUUGUACGAGUCGGGAGUUCUGGACUGCUCAACAUACAUCGCUGGCCUCUCUGGCUCCACGUGGUACAUGUCUAUGCUGUACUCUCACCCGGAGUUCCCUAAGAAAGGCCCGGAGCAGAUUAAUCAGGAGCUAAUGAAGAGCGUGAGCAGCAACCCCCUCCGCCUGCUCCUGCCGCAGCACAUCACCAACUACGUCCAGGCUCUGUGGACCAAAAAGUCUAACGGCCAGCCUGUCACCUUUACCGACAUUUUUGGCAUGCUUAUCGGAGAAACACUGAUUCCAGCUAGGAUGGACAGUAAGCUGAGUGAGAUGCAGGAGAAAAUUAACGACGCACAGUCUCCUUUGCCGCUCUUUACCUGCCUGCACGUCAAACCGGACGUGUCCGAGCUCAUGUUCGCCGAUUGGGUGGAGUUCAGUCCUUAUGAGAUCGGCAUGUCUAAAUAUGGCACGUUCAUGACCCCUGACCUUUUCGGCAGCAAAUUCUUCAUGGGAACUGUUGUUAAGAGAUAUGAGGAGAAUCCUCUGCACUUCCUGAUGGGGGUCUGGGGCAGUGCCUUCUCCAUUCUUUUUAACAGGGUAUUGGGGGUAAAGGACAUCCCUGGGGGGAGCACCAUGGAGGAGGAGCUGGAACAUAUAAAACCUCAGCAUAUUGUUGGAGAAGACAGCCUGGACAAUGAUGAAGAGCCCCACAAAGUCUGCAUGCAGGACGACCGUCAGCAGGAACGGGCCAGCUGGAUGCAGCGCAUGGUCACGUCGCUGUUCAGCGACUCCACGCUGUUUAACACGCGCGAGGGCAGGGCGGGAAAAGUGCACAACUUCAUGCUGGGUCUCAACCUGAGCACCAGCAUCCCGAUCACGCCCUACAACCUGACCCAAAACUAUCCCGAGGAUGAAGCGGAUGCUGUAACAGACCCCGAUGAGUUUGACCGCAUCUACGAGCCGCUAGACGUAAAGAGCAAGAAGAUCCAUAUCGUGGACAGCGGCCUGACCUAUAACCUGCCCUACCCUUUGAUCCUGAGACCCCAGAGGGGUGUGGACCUCAUUAUCUCCUUCGACUUCUCGGCUCGACCUGGCGACUCUAGUCCUCCGUUCAAGGAGCUUCUGUUGGCUGAGAAAUGGGCACGCAUGAACAAGCUUCCGUUUCCCAGAAUCGAUCCCAAAGUGUUUGACCGGGAAGGGAUGAAAGAGUGCUACGUCUUUAAGCCGAGUAAGGGGAACAAGAACUGCCCCACCGUCAUUCAUUUCGUCUUGGUUAACCUAGACUUCAGAAAGUUCAAAGCCCCAGGAAUUCCUCGAGAGACUGAAGCGGACAAAGAGUUUGCCGACUUUGACAUCUUUGAUGACCCGGAAACACCGUACUCCACCUUUAACUUCCAGUAUUCCAACAAGGCCUUCACUCAGCUGCAUGACCUCAUGGAGUUCAACACGCUCAACAACAUAGAGGUGAUCAAAGAGGCAAUUAAGGAGAGCGUUGUGUACAGGAAGGAGAACCCAUCUCGCUGCUCCGUGUCUCUUUCUCUCAAUGACAUACAGAACAAGAAGAUUUUGAAGAGGGAUACUACAGGCCUCGUGCACAAAUGACCGAUUAAACGUCUCAUCAAUUCUCAUCAAUUCAUCAAUUAAGAUACAGUUUGCUGAUUGGUUAAUGGAGAAUUCUGGGUAUUCUGUUUUUAAAAAUAAAGAAACUAACGUUGUGGCCAUGUCGCAAUUGUUGAACGGCAUCAGUCCGCAACGCCCUCCCCCACCCCACCCCCACCCCACCCCCACCCCACCCACAUGUUUAGUGCUGAGGAAAAUCAUGUCUGCAGGGCUAAUGAUUCUGUUUUCUUUUUAUGAAAGCUCAAUUCUGCGAAUGGUUUCUGUAUUUAUUAAAAGAUCGUGUUAAACGGG